CAUUUUUUGAAUUGUCUAUGAAAGACUGACUAUACAUUAUAUUUUUUUGAUAAUUUAGAUAUUUUCAAUGUUGUCAAUUCAAUUGGAGAACGUUGUACGCAGGAAUGCCGAAAACACAGAACGUAUCAUGAGGAACGCCAUUGGCUAUGUGGUGUCGAAUAAUGCCUUAGGAACUGUGGUACAAUCUACAUUCGAUAACAGCACUUCUGGUGGCAUAACUAAAUUGAUUAGCGGAGUACUAGUACCAACAGCUCGCAGCGCUGUGCGGGACUUGGACUCCACCAAUGAUUUGGCCUUUCUUCGCAUUGCCACACGAAAAUUUGAAUAUUUAGUCGCACCGGAAAAGGAAUUCACAAUUGUUGUGAUGCAAUAAAACUACAUCGUUAUUUAACCAUU